AUGAAAAUGAAUUAAUUUGAUACUAAAAUGCGUAACGACACAAAAUAAAUAUUUAUAUACUUUAAUAAUGCUAAAUCGGAUAAAAGAUAAAUUAAUAUAUAAUCAUUUUCUGAUUUUUGCUAACUGAGUUUUUAAGUAAAUAUGAAAUUAUAAUACACCUAAGUCUUUCUUAUAUUGAAUUUUAUUUAUGGCUUAAAUUGGCUAAUGUUAUUGAUUUAUUUUUAGUUAUAUAAUUUAUUUGCUAAUUUUCCUAAUUUAUAUAAAUAUUCAUUUAUUUAUUUAUUUAUAUUUUACAAAAUAAAUAUAUCAUUCAUUCAUUUAUUCAUUUUACUUGCUGAUUGA